CAAUACCGUUCUCUCCAAGCUGCGGGAAUAUGCGCUAACCAGUUGGCCUGACAAGAAGCAUGAGGUUCCAGAAGCCAUCCGCCCAUACUGGUCUUAUCAGGAGGAGAUACACGCACAAGACGGGCUUCUAUUUCGCAGCAACGCGAGAUUCUGUUUCGAAAUCCCCUGUGCAGAGACUGAUGGGAAGGCAGACGAGGACCCUGCUGCCCGUACCCUCAAGCCACCUGGUGCCGGAAACUGCCACCCGAGCCGUCCAUAACCGUCUCCAGGAAAUCUGCCAACGCCAGAGGAUCUACUACAAUUGCCGAUCCAGGCACCUACCACCUCUAUCACCUGGCCAGAGAGUGGCUACAUACGAUACCCAUGAAAAGACCUGGACACCUGCAGUCGUUCUGAGGCCAGCUGAGACGCCACGCUCCGUGGUGGUAAAGACGGAAGAGGGCCAGGAAAUUAGACGCACACGCGAGCAUCUGCGAGACGCACCUACACAUCCCGAAGAAAGACCUCGUGAUGGGUCCGAACUACUAGACGACGCCCAGCCCGCUGAAGAGCUGCGGAGAAGCACAAGGCCACGCCGGGAGCCCUGCCGCUACCCACAACCAGAAAGACCAAAGUAA